GAAUGCCCGCACGUAGGUCCCCUCUACGCGUGUAAUUUUUUCCGCCCAAUCUGUGCAACGCUUUGUUGAAUUUUUCUUAAAAAUUGGGCGCAAUGAUUGCUUCAUGUAUGUAGGGCUAAGGCGAGCUGUUAUAGGAGUUAAACAAAUAUUUUUUCUCCUUAUAACGUACGAUUAAAGCCACUCAGCGGAGUGACAUUUGGAAAAAUAAAACAUUAUGUAAGCUUCUACGCAAGUGAACUGGAAGCGGCACGUUGUCGCUUUAGCUGAACGAUUCUCCCCCCCAUAUCAAACACAACGUACGAGGCUCCCCGAAUGAGAUGCUGGAAAGCCGGGCGGUUUGUGCCAGGCAAACAUUUGACCUAUUGGCCAGCCGUUUUUCAUGCUCACUGAAGCUAAAAGGGAGGGGUGUUGCCUGCCGCAAAUUCAGUGGCAGGAAAACUGUGGUGUAUGAGCACAUUGUGGAUGAGGAUUUCCUAACAAGGAAAGGGAACUCCAUCAAUUCGAUUGUUAACCACAGCUAUAUUAAUGAAAGAAUGCGUGAGAUUAAUUCCCUCUUGAAGGGAUGCCAAGCUGGCUGCGGCAAGCAAAAUGGAUUCUCCAAAGAGGGAAGUGACAAAGAACACGUCGAUCAGGUUAUUAAAAAUUUGUACGUACUAUGUGUGAACGGCAACAUUGACACAUCUGAUGACCGCAUGAGGUACUACGUGAACUUCGUUUUGCGCUAUGUGUAUGACCAUCUGGAGGAUGCCCCCGUGAUAGGAGGAGAGAAACAAAGAAGGGGAAAAAAAUUCGUGAGCAUCAACAGCUAUAUGCUCCUCCUAGACGUUUUGAAAGCUCUCAACAUGAGGGACGAUUAUGGCAAGUUACUCAAAUAUGUCAGCGAGAAUAUCCACUUUUUUUCUGUAGACGUGGUGAAGAGAAUUGCCUUUAACUACGACAUGAGUGAACGGCACCACUCGGGUGGGAGCGGCCACACGGACAGAAGCGACCACACUGACGGAAGCGACCCCUCGCAUGGAAGCGACCCGCUGAGGAGAAACGUCCUCUCCUUUUUCAAGGAGGUCAUACGCUACAUGUACGGGUUGAUCCAGUCUGACAGCGAGCUGUACUACCGCGAGAUAGACAACAUGAACGCGUGCAUCAACAUAUGCACACACUUUUUUUUCGGGAAGAAGUACUGCCCACAGAAAAAAACUUACCAUUAUGGGGAAGACGAGGAUGUCGUUUAUCUGUACAGCAUGAAUUAUAUCUACAUAAAGCAUAUAGCCACGCUUGGCGAGUUGGUGCGCGCCAGGGGGGGGUCCUCCGAAGAUGACUCUUCUUCAAAGAAAUCGCCUAACGAGGGGUUGUUGACCCCCUCCCCUCUGGGUGACUUCUAUGCAGCGAAAUACAAAUGGGAAGAAGGCACGUCAGGUCACUAUGGCAGUCACGUGGGCGACGCACCUGAUAAGCUUCGAAUCCACACGGAGGAUAUGCUAGGCAGUUGUGCGGACAAGGAGAGUGGGGAAAAUUCCCUCACCCCAGACAUCGCACGAAGGAACGCACAACUCACGGAGGACUUUCUUUUUAACUUCCACGCAGUUGACACAAUUUACCUACUGUACAACUUCUACACACACUUACUUUUGAAGAAAAAAAAACAAACGAGGAAGGAACAUGUAUUCCUUUUUUUCCCCGACGUAAGGGAAAACAUUACGGACAUCCUGCUCAGCUUCAUUCGCUCACUCAGGAGGGAGACAAGCCAAAAUAAAGGAAUAACGAAUAAAAAAAUCAUCGCUUCCUUGGAGAGAGCGCUAAUACUGGGGACGGCCUUCGAGGUUCCCUUCGCCUUGAGGCCCUUCCUACUUUAUCACUGCAACGUUUUGCUGUUGAACAAGUUCGACUUGUCUGUGCUGGACAACAUAAAGUUGUUGGCCCUUCUGAGGCAGCUUUGGCAGGGAAGCGCGGCGGGGGAGGAAGCGGGAGGGAGAAAUAUGCCAAUCGAGGGGGAAGAAGCGGGCGGGAGAAAUCUGCCACUCGCGGGGUUGUACACAGACGGGAGAAAGCUGCCGCUUCAACCGGGCGGCGACAACUCCUUUGACCAGCUAGCCAAAAUGGACAACCCCGCUGUGCAGGUGGAAAAAAAAAAAAAAAAAAAAAAAAUCCCCCCCGACCAGUUGCACACACAGCGGGACGAGAUCAACGCAGAGGACUCCGCUGAAUGCCAGGCGAGCAGCCACCUCUUCGUGGAAAACUUGAUAAAGUUAAUUUUUAACAACUUAAAAAAAUGCCUACACAACGCAAAGGGGAACGACCUGUGCAUGCUGAUGCCCGCAGUGUACACCUACCACAAGUACAUGGAUGAGGAAUUAAAAAAUAUAUUAACCGUUCAGGUGAUUUGCAACAAGGAAAGUAUGAACGCAGCGAACAUGGUGAACAUUUUACGAGUGUUUUGCAAAAUGGGAUACAAGAACGAACUUAUUGACAAGUUUGUAUACAACAACAUGAAGUUUUUAACCCAUGGGAAGGAUAACUCCCCUGUUGCAGAAGGGGGUGACACACAAAAUGUGACUUUUUCGUGUCCCAAGCUAUUUCUCCUUUUUUUUUAUUACAAAGGUAAAAAUGGCUUAUUCACGUAUAAGGACAUUUACUACGUGGAGAAUUACAUCCAGAAUUGCUUUUUCGAGAUGAACAUCAAGGAUUUUAUUUUCCUUUUGCUGAUUUAUUUCAAAAAUGGGAUAUUUUUUUUGCCCCCACUGUUGCUUAAAAUUUGUGUCAUUUUUAACAACGGGAAGAAGUACAUACAGGAGGAUGACCUCCUCUUUGGGUUGUUUUUGCUCGCGAAAAAUUAUCACGCCCUGGCGAGUUCUGCCGAUGAGAGCGGUGCACAGGAUGGCUUCACCGGGCAGCAACCCCCCAGCGUCAUAGACAAAAUUAACCUGUUCAGGAAAAGUCAGUACAGUCAACUCCAUAUAGACAAUUUUGUGAACACCAUGAACGAUGUGCUACUCUACCUGUACGAUGAUAAGCUGAUUAACUGCAAGGCGGACGAGGUGAGGCAACUGCAGGGGGGGGAAACAAAAGCUGAUGAUUUGCACACUGGAGAGAAACAAACAGAUCAGCAGAUAAGUAACAUGGCCCUGCGGAACGAUCAUUCCUUUCUUCACAUCCCAAGUGAAACGAAAAACAAUUGGAAAAAAAUCUUUAACAAUUUGCAGUAUAACAUGAGAAUGAUGAAAAUUUUUUACCUUUUAUAUUACCCUCUUUUAAAUGCAUCAAAAAAAAAAAAAAAAAAAAUUCUGAACAUUCAUCACGAAAAGUUCAUCACCUACCUGUUUUCCCUUUUUAAUGAUAACUUCUCGAAACACGAAAAAGACGUAAAGUACAUCCCCCCCCUGCUGCACUAUUUUAGCUAUUUCGAUGUGUAUUCCCCCGUUUACUUUAAAAUGCAAAUGUCCUACAUAAUGCAGAAUUGCGCUUUUGAUUGCUCCCUCCUCAAGUACACUCUGCUUAGCCACGUUUUGGUAAGAAGAGAAAUGACCAGAGAAAUAAAAAAUCGUCUGAAGGAAUACGUCGCAAAGAACUGGGAGAGUUUUCAGCCCCCCCUCCAGGUGUUAUCCCUUAAACAUUGCAAUUAUUUUUUGGACCUAAAUGGGGAUACGGAAAAGGCAGACCAGGGGGAAGACCAUCUUUUAUUUAACAAAAUGGUGAAUGGUGCCCUCUCCAAUUUGCCACAGAUGAAAGCCAAGCAUUACCUCGACAUGUACAUUACCAUCUGCAAUAACGCUGUUCGGGUAAAGCGGCCUUACAUUGAGCUGUUCAAUCACAUGAACAGACAGGCGACUCACUACAGCGGAGAGCAGCUGAUGCUGAUCCUUUUUUACAUGUACAGGACAGGCUAUAGCAAGCCGAAGAUACGGAAAAAGAUACGAAAUUUAAUUUUGCAUUACCACAAGAAGAGGAAAAUUGACUUGGGGACCUACAUAAAAUAUGUGCUCCCUCUGGACGAGUUCGGCAUCUUCCACCUGUUCCCGGUGAAGUUCCAGCGGUGGCUGUACGACCAGCUGACCGAGGAUGUGCGGGCGUGCGUACGGAAGCCCCUAACGGGUGAAGCGGAAUGUAGCGUCGAAUCGAAGAAGGGGAAAGAGACGGGUGAGCAGCAACACGCACCCAUUUACCUGUUCGAGCAGAUGGUCAAGAGUUACUAA